ACUGGGGAAAAAAUCGUUUUGACCCGUCAUCCAACUUGGAAUUCCAAGUCGGAAACUAAGGCAUCUUUGUAGAGGUGCGACUUGCCGAUUUGAAGAUCACUGACGUCAUGAUUUGGCCUUUUUUUUAUUUAUUAUUUUUUAGUUCCAAUUUGUCUUGAAAGCACCAAAAGGUCCAGAGACAGUCCGGGAGGAAAUGUGACGUGGUUUAUUUGCCUGGGAAAGGGGCAGACCCGAAACCCGUACAAGGCAUAGGCUAAUUGUAUUUGUGAAAUAUAGCCUACAUAAAUACCAAUAGUUGGGCUACAGUCGGCCAGGGGGGUGCGUUUCAUUAGGCUGAAGUCAAGUGAGAUAAACGAUUGAUGGAAUAAAGGUCGGGUUGUCACGCUUUGGAAAGUGCGGGCGGUGGAGGAAUUGCGAAAAGGAUUUCAUUUGUGAGAGAGGAGUGCUCUAGCAAGUUAUGUCUUCAGCAGUCCAUUCUGCACGGGGGUGGCCAUAUAGAUGAAUGACUGAAUGACCGUUUGGAGGUUUUACAAAAAAAAAUAACCGUUUUUUUCCCGGAAUAUGUCUGAGAUUUUAUUGGACUAUUUGACCCAUUUCGUUUCAAUAUAGUUAUAGUUGUAUAUCCUUGAUGACUUGGUAGGCUACCUAGUGGAAAUACCGAUAUUGGAUUUGUACAGAACAUUUGACCUCCAUAGGUGAUUUGUGAUUAUUGAGCCUUUAUAACAUUUUGUAAUAUGGCACGUUAUUUUGAAGGUCUCAGUAAGGGUGUGCCUAACGGAGGGAUGGCCCAGUUUCAGGAGGUGAUGAGGCAGCAGCUGGAGACCUCUAUGCACGCCGAGCUGGAGAAACUACUGGACACUGCCGCGGGGGUCGACAAGGAGGUCUCCAUGAAGGACUUUGAUGGAUUCAAGAAGCUGUUCCACAGGUUUCUGCAGGUGAAGGGGCCAUCGGUGGACUGGCCCAAGAUACACAGACCUCCAGAAGACUCCAUCCAGCCCUAUGAUAAGAUAGCAGCGCGGCCCCUGCCGGACAGCCUGGCAGACAGUCUCAACAAGCUGGUGGUAGUCAAGUUGAAUGGAGGCCUGGGGACCAGCAUGGGCUGUAAAGGCCCCAAGAGCCUCAUCAGCGUCCGCAACGAGAACACUUUCCUGGACCUCACCGUGCAGCAGAUAGAGCACUUGAACAAGAAGUACAACACAGACGUUCCUCUGGUCCUGAUGAACUCCUUCAACACGGAUGAAGACACCAAGAAGAUCCUUCAGAAAUACACACACCACCGUGUCAAGAUACACACCUUCAACCAGAGCAGGUACCCCCGUAUUAACAAAGAGUCCCUCCUGCCUGUGGCCACAGACAUUGGUAUGACGGGUGAGAAUGCUGACGUGUGGUACCCUCCUGGCCACGGGGAUAUCUACGCCAGCUUCUACAACUCUGGUCUGCUGGAUCAGCUCAUCACAGAGGGCAAGGAGUACAUCUUUGUGUCUAACAUUGAUAACCUGGGGGCUACGGUGGACCUGAACAUCCUGCAUCACCUGGUGAGCCAGCCCAACGGGAAGCGCUGUGAGUUCAUCAUGGAGGUCACCGACAAGACCCGCGCUGACGUCAAGGGCGGUACUCUUAUUCAGUAUGAUAACAAGCUGCGUCUGCUGGAGAUAGCCCAGGUUCCCAAGGCCCAUGUAGAUGAGUUCAAAUCAGUCACCAAGUUCAAGAUCUUCAACACCAACAACCUGUGGAUCUCUCUGGGUGCCAUCAAGAGGCUGCAGGAGCAGAACGCCAUGGACAUGGAGAUCAUCGUUAACCCCAAGACACUGGACGGCGGUCAGAACGUGAUCCAGCUGGAGACGGCGGUGGGCGCGGCCAUCAAGAGCUUCGACAACGCCCUGGGCAUCAACGUGCCGCGAUCCCGCUUCCUGCCCGUCAAGACCGUCUCCGACCUCCUAUUGGUCAUGUCCAACCUCUACAGCCUGGAGGCGGGCUCUCUCACCAUGAGCCAGAAGAGAGAGUUCCCUACCACGCCCCACGUCAAGCUGGGCAGCUCCUUCACUAAGGUCCAGGAAUACCAGACGCGGUUCGAGAGCAUCCCUGAUAUGCUGGAGCUGGAUCACCUGACUGUGUCCGGUGACGUCACGUUCGGAAAACAAGUUUCUCUCAAGGGAACGGUAAUCAUCAUAGCCAAUCACGGAGAUCGUAUCGACAUCCCGGCUGGAACAAUACUGGAGAACAAGAUUGUGUCGGGCAACCUUCGCAUCCUGGACCACUGAAGCCUUUAACUACUCCUCCAGCACCACAGACACCACCAUCAUGUGACCAGACACAUCCACCACCAUCAUGUGACCAGACACAUCCACCACCAUCAUGUGACGAAGCCAGACACAUCCACCACCAUCAUGUGACGAAGCCAGACACAUCCACCACCAUCAUGUGACGAAGCCAGACACAUCCACCACAAUCAUGUGACCAGACACAUCCACCACCAUCAUGUGACCAGACACAUCCACCACCAUCAUGUGACCAAGCCAAACACAUCCACCCCAACCAUGUGACCAGACACAUUCACCCCAAUCAUGUGACCGAGCCAGACUUGAUCCAGACUCCUUUAAAUAAACUCCUUAGAGAGGGGUGCCAUACCCAACAGAUUGUGAUGUGAUAUCCAUGCUAUACUAGACCUGUAGUAUUUCAGCUCCCUACCCAUUAGAUUCCCUUACUGGAUGAGAAUGAUGACACACGUCAUAUGGAUGUGAUGUCAAUGCGAGAUUCAAUAUCCACUGUACAUAUUAGUGCAGUUUUAGGCUGGGAUUCAAUCCGAUCGCGGAUUUGGACAAUGCACCAUUUAAAGGUAACUCCUGGUUGAGCCGACAGAUGCAGUGUUUACCGUGAAUUUAGUGUCCAUGAACGUGGGACUUUAAAACAUGCAUUACAGACAAAGAGGGAUGGGAUCGCAUCCUCGGCCCUAAUUGACAAUUCAAUAUUAUAUCAUGUCCACAACAAUAUUAUAUAAUGUCCACAACAAUAUCGAAGGAAUACCAGUCAACAAUAUUAUAUCAUGUCCACAACAAUAUCGAAGGAAUACCAGUCAACAAUAUUAUAUCAUGUCCACAACAAUAUCGAAGGAAUACCAGUCAACAAUAUUAUGAAAUACUUGUCAUUGUUAUUUUAUCAGAACAUAUUUUGAAGGAGUUUGUCAAGUCAAGUCUUUUUUUUUUUUUUUUUUUUUACAUCAAAAUGAUUAUUUCACUGUAAUCUUAUUCCACUUGUACCUUACUGUGUCUAUCCAUCCCUCUCUCCAUCCCUCUCCACCCCUCUCUCUACCCCUCUCUCCAUCCCUCUCCACCCCUCUCUCCAUCCCUCUCCAUCCCUCUCUCUAUCCCUCUAUCCACUCCUCUCUCCACCCCUCUCUCUACCCUCUCUCCAUCCCUCUCCACCCCUCUCUCCAUCCCUCUCUACCCCUCUCUCCAUCCCUCUCCACCCCUCUCUCCAUCCCUCUCUCUAUCCCUCUCUCCAUCCCUCUCCAUAUCCCUCUCUCUAUCCCUCUCUCCAUCCCUCUCUUAUCCCUCUCUCCAAUAGCUCUCUGUCCAGAAAGAGAGAGAACGGUUACAUUUUCUGCUCAAGUGUUGUUCUUACACACAGAGGUCUACUGUAGGAGAGUUGAUGACACACAGAGACCUACUGUAGGAGAGUUGACGACACACAGAGACCUACUGUAGGAGAGUUGAUGACACACAGAGGUCUACUGUAGGAGAGUUGAUGACACACAGAGACCUACUGUAGGAGAGUUGAUGACACACAGAGGUCUACUGUAGGAGAGUUGAUGACACACAGAGACCUACUGUAGGAGAGUUGAUGACACACAGAGGUCUACUGUAGGAGAGUUGAUGACACACAGAGACCUACUGUAGGAGAGUUGACGACACACAGAGACCUACUGUAGGAGAGUUGAUGACACAUAGAGGUCUACUGUAGGAGAGUUGAUGACACACAGAGACCUACUGUAGGAGAGUUGAUGACACACAGAGACCUACUGUAGGAGAGUUGAUGACACACAGAGACCUACUGUAGGAGAGUUGAUGACACACAGAGACCUACUGUAGGAGAGUUGAUGACACACAGAGGUCUACUGUAGGAGAGUUGCUGACACAGAGGUCUACUGUAGGAGAGUUGAUGACACACAGAGACCUACUGUAGGAGAGUUGAUGACACACAGAGGUCUACUGUAGGAGAGUUGAUGACACACAGAGGCCUACUGUAGGAGAGUUGAUGACACACAGAGACCUACUGUAGGAGAGUUGAUGACACACAGAGGUCUACUGUAGGAGAGUUGAUGACACACAGAGACCUACUGUAGGAGAGUUGAUGACACACAGAGGUCUACUGUAGGAGAGUUGAUGACACACAGAGGCCUACUGUAGGAGAGUUGAUGACACACAGAGGCCUACUGUAGGAGAGUUGAUGACACACAGAGGUCUACUGUAGGAGAGUUGAUGACACACAGAGACCUACUGUAGGAGAGUUGAUGACACACAGAGGCCUACUGUAGGAGAGUUGAUGACACACAGAGGUCUACUGUAGGAGAGUUGAUGACACAGAGACCUACUGUAGGAGAGUUGAUGACACACAGAGGUCUACUGUAGGAGAGUUGACGACACACAGAGACCUACUGUAGGAGAGUUGAUGACACACAGAGAUCUACUGUAGGAGAGUUGAUGACACACAGAGGCCUACUGUAGGAGAGUUGAUGACACACAGAGACCUACUGUAGGAGAGUUGAUGACACACAGAGACCUACUGUAGGAGAGUUGAUGACACACAGAGGCUUACUUUAGGAUAGUUGAUGACACACAGAGGUCUACUGUAGGAGAGUUGAUGACACACAGAGACCUACUGUAGGAGAGUUGAUGACACACAGAGGUCUAGGGCUCGAUUCAAUCCGUAUCACAGAAGUUCAGCGUUAUAGCGUGAUUUAAAUUAGGAAACGUUUACCGUGAAUGCAGUCUCCGCUAACACGCUAACAUUGCCUGUAAAUUUCUAUUGCGCUGUAGCGCAGAUCUUCAGCACUACGGAUUGAAUCAAGUCCCUACUAUCAGACGGUUGAAUGACAACUCAACGUCUGAGGGGCCUACUGUCUGCAGAACGGGAGUCUGAAAGCAAUACGAGUGUUGUCCUGUGACUGAAAGCAAUACGAGUGUUGUCCUGUGACUGAAAGCAAUAUGAGUGUUGUCCUGAGACCGAAAGGGAGUCCCAGCUGCAGCUGAUGCUACUCUCGAGCUGAAUAAAGUGCAAUAUGAAAUUA